AUACGAUUCAUUGAAGGCAACGGGGACAUAAAACUACAGCGUCUGACCCGAAGCGGUCGGUGCUGAUUUUCUGCUGCAGGUCCGGGUCCUGCCGCUGGAUUCCCCCGUUUUUGGGAACUGUGAAUGUUGAAUGGUUUGCCUUUUGUAAUUGGGGACACACACACUAAGCCUGAGAGAAGCAUCCGAUAUCUUCGCACCUUUCUUUCUCCCUCGCGGGCCCUGCAUGUCUAAUAUUUAGACAUGUUCAGCUUUAUGGAUUCCAGGACUGUACUGCUACUUGUAGCAACCCAAGUCUGUCUAUUAACUGUUGUAAGAUGUCAAGACGAGAACGACCAGGAGGAUGUUUUUAGCUGUACACAAGAUGGACAGCGCUAUAGUGACAAGGAUGUAUGGAAACCAGAGCCUUGUCGCAUCUGUGUGUGUGACACUGGAACCGUCCUGUGUGAUGAAAUUGUCUGCGAGGAGCUAAAAGACUGCCCCAAACCUGAAAUCCCAUUUGGAGAGUGUUGCCCCAUCUGCGCAGCUGACCAGGCUCCACCCAUUGGAACACCUGGAGCGAAGGGUCAAAAAGGUGAACCCGGAGACAUUACCGAUGUUGUAGGACCAAGAGGACCAAGUGGCCCAAUGGGCCCACCAGGAGAGCAAGGACCCCGAGGAGCGAGAGGAGAUAAGGGAGAGAAGGGAAGUCCUGGUCCCCGCGGCAGAGAUGGUGAGCCCGGCACCCCCGGAAACCCCGGCCCCCCUGGACCUCCAGGACCUAAUGGACCCCCUGGCCUUGGUGGAAACUUUGCUGCUCAGAUGGCUGGUGGAUUUGACGAGAAAGCUGGUGGUGCACAGAUGGGUGUGAUGCAAGGACCAAUGGGCCCUAUGGGUCCCAGAGGACCACCUGGCCCCACCGGAUCACCUGGCCCACAAGGUUUCCAAGGUAACCCAGGAGAGGCUGGAGAGCCCGGACAGGCUGGCCCAAUGGGUCCCCGUGGCCCCGCUGGACCUCCCGGAAAACCUGGAGAUGAUGGUGAAGCUGGCAAAAAUGGUAAACCAGGUGACCGUGGACCUGCUGGACCUCAGGGAGCUCGUGGAUUCCCAGGAACACCUGGCCUGCCUGGCAUUAAGGGACACAGAGGUUAUCCAGGUCUUGAUGGUGCAAAGGGAGAGACUGGAGCUGUUGGGUCUAAGGGUGAGUCUGGUGCUCCUGGAGAAAAUGGUGCUCCUGGACCUAUGGGACCACGUGGUUUGCCUGGUGAGAGAGGACGUCCUGGACCCAGUGGAGUUGCCGGCGCACGUGGAAAUGAUGGCUUGCCCGGUCCUGCUGGUCCCCCAGGCCCUGUCGGGACCUCGGGAGCUCCAGGCUUCCCUGGCUCUCCUGGUUCAAAGGGAGAAGCUGGUCCUACUGGUGCUCGUGGACCUGAGGGUGCUCAGGGACCCCGUGGCGAGUCUGGCACUCCUGGAUCACCCGGACCUUCUGGCGCUUCUGGAAACCCUGGUACUGAUGGUAUCCCCGGAGCCAAAGGAUCAGCUGGUGCUCCUGGUAUCGCUGGUGCUCCUGGUUUCCCUGGACCUCGUGGGCCUCCUGGGCCUCAAGGAGCAACUGGACCUCUCGGGCCCAAAGGAACAUCUGGAGACCCAGGUAUCCCAGGGUUCAAGGGAGAGGCUGGACCCAAAGGAGAAAUUGGACCGCCUGGUGUUCAGGGAGCUCAUGGCCCACAAGGAGAAGAAGGCAAGAGAGGACCCAGGGGUGAGGCUGGUGCUGCUGGACCACUUGGACCUCCUGGAGAGAGAGGAGCACCCGGUAACCGUGGUUUCCCUGGUCAAGACGGUCUGGCUGGUCCCAAGGGAGCACCUGGUGAGCGUGGACCUGCUGGUGCCAGUGGUCCCAAGGGUGCCAACGGUGACCCUGGCCGUCCUGGAGAGUCUGGUCUGCCCGGUGCCAGAGGCCUGACUGGACGCCCUGGUGACGCUGGUCCACAAGGCAAAGUUGGACCUUCUGGAGCUUCUGGUGAGGAUGGUCGCCCAGGACCCCCCGGCCCACAGGGAGCCCGUGGACAGCCUGGUGUCAUGGGAUUCCCCGGACCCAAGGGAGCAACUGGUGAGCCCGGCAAGUCGGGAGAAAAAGGACUGGGUGGAGCUCCUGGUCUGAGAGGUCUGCCUGGAAAAGAUGGAGAAACCGGUGCUGCUGGACCCCCCGGCCCAGCCGGCUCUGCUGGAGAGAGAGGAGAGCAAGGACAGCCUGGUCCCUCAGGUUUCCAGGGUCUGCCUGGACCUCCUGGCCCCCCUGGUGAGGGAGGCAAGCCCGGAGACCAGGGUGUUCCUGGAGAGGGUGGAGCUGCUGGUGCUACUGGACCCAGAGGAGAGCGUGGUUUCCCCGGAGAGAGAGGAGCUGCCGGCCCUCAGGGUCUGCAGGGAGCCCGAGGUCUGCCAGGAACUCCUGGAACUGACGGACCCAAGGGAGCAAUUGGACCUGCUGGUACUGGUGGAGCUCAGGGACCCCCCGGCCUGCAGGGCAUGCCUGGAGAGAGAGGAGCUUCUGGCAUUCCUGGACCCAAAGGAGACAGAGGUGAUCUUGGAGAGAAAGGACCUGAAGGUGCUCCCGGCAAAGACGGCGGUAGAGGUCUCACUGGUCCCAUUGGUCCCCCUGGUCCUGGUGGUCCCAACGGCGAGAAGGGUGAAUCUGGUCCUGCCGGUCCUUCUGGUGCUCCUGGUACCCGCGGUGCUCCUGGUGACAGGGGUGAAACUGGACCUCCUGGGCCUGCUGGAUUUGCUGGACCCCCUGGUUCUGAUGGUCAACCUGGAAUCAAGGGAGAGCAGGGAGAAUCUGGACAGAAGGGUGACGCUGGUGCCCCUGGACCACAAGGACCCUCUGGUGCCCCCGGACCUGCAGGUCCUACCGGUGUUUUUGGACCUAAAGGUGCUCGUGGUGCUCAGGGACCUCCUGGUGCCACUGGUUUCCCUGGAGCUGCCGGCCGAGUUGGACCCCCUGGUCCCAAUGGUAAUCCUGGACCUGCUGGUCCUGCUGGCCCUUCCGGUAAAGAUGGACCCAAGGGUGUGAGGGGAGAUGGUGGACCCCCAGGCAGACAGGGUGAUGCUGGGCUCCGCGGUGCUGCUGGGCCUCCUGGAGAGAAGGGAGAUGCUGGGGAGGAUGGUCCCCCUGGUCCCCUCGGCCCUUCAGGUCCUCAGGGUUUGGCUGGUCAGCGCGGUAUUGUGGGUCUGCCUGGACAGCGUGGUGAGAGAGGUUUCCCUGGUCUUCCCGGACCUUCUGGUGAGCCCGGGAAGCAGGGAGCUCCUGGUGGCAGCGGAGACCGCGGACCCCCUGGACCUGUUGGACCCCCUGGACUCACUGGACCUGCAGGAGAGCCUGGCAGAGAGGGUAAUCCUGGAUCUGAUGGACCUCCUGGUAGAGAUGGUGCUACUGGAAUCAAGGGUGAUCGUGGUAACACUGGUCCUGUUGGUGCUCCUGGUGCUCCGGGCGCACCUGGUGCUGCCGGCCCAGUUGGCCCCACCGGCAAACAGGGAGACCGAGGAGAGUCUGGUGCACAAGGACCUUCUGGACCUUCAGGGCCUGCUGGAGCCAGAGGAAUGCCUGGACCCCAAGGACCCCGCGGUGACAAGGGUGAGGUUGGAGAGUCCGGUGAGCGAGGACAGAAGGGACACAGAGGCUUCACUGGUCUGCAAGGUCUGCCCGGACCUCCGGGUCAAGCUGGAGACCAGGGUGCUACUGGACCUGCUGGACCUUCUGGACAAAGAGGACCACCUGGACCUGUUGGCCCUGCUGGAAAGGAUGGUGGAAACGGUCUGCCAGGACCCAUUGGACCCCCUGGACCUCGUGGUCGCAGUGGAGAAACCGGUCCCUCUGGUCCCCCCGGAAACACCGGACCCCCUGGUCCUCCUGGUCCCCCUGGCCCAGGCAUCGACAUGUCUGCCUUUGCCGGUCUGGGUCAAACUGAAAAGUCCCCUGAUCCUCUCAGGUACAUGAGGGCCGACCAGGCUUCCGGAAACCUCCGUCAGCACGAUGCUGAGGUCGACGCCACGCUCAAAUCUCUCAACAACCAGAUUGAGAACAUCCGCAGCCCCGAGGGAUCCAAGAAAAACCCGGCUCGCACCUGCAGAGACCUGAAGCUCUGCCAUCCUGACUGGAAGAGCGGAGAGUACUGGAUUGAUCCCAACCAGGGCUGCACCGUCGAUGCAAUCAAGGUCUUCUGCAACAUGGAGACAGGAGAGUCCUGCGUCAGACCGAAGCCUGCCAGCAUCCCACGCAAGAACUGGUGGUCCAGCAAGAGCAAGGACCGCAAACAUGUCUGGUUCGGAGAGACAAUGAAUGGAGGUUUCCACUUCAGCUAUGGUGAUGACAGCCUGGCACCCAACACUGCUGCCAUUCAGAUGACUUUCCUGAGACUGCUGUCCACCGAGGCUUCUCAAAACCUCACCUACCACUGUAAGAAUAGCGUGGCCUACAUGGACGCCUCAACGGGCAACCUGAAGAAGGCUGUGCUGCUGCAGGGCUCCAACGAUGUGGAGAUCAGAGCUGAGGGCAACAGCCGCUUCACUUACAGCGUGAUGGAGGACGGCUGCACGAAACACACGGGUCAGUGGGGCAAGACAGUGAUCGAAUACAGAUCGCAGAAGACCUCUCGUCUGCCCAUUGUAGACAUUGCCCCCAUGGAUAUUGGAGGAACAGACCAGGAGUUUGGGGUCGAAGUCGGGGCAGUCUGCUUCUUGUAAAGAACGAGAGAACGAAAAGAA